AUGUCGUUAAAUUGGAUGGUCGGAUUCACAUAUACACAUAUGAUAAUGGAUGACGAAGAUUAUUUCCCACCACCACCACCGCCGUAUAACGAGGCUGACCUCUAUGAACCCUAUAUACCAGAACCAGACAUAGAUGGUGUAAUGGAUAUACCAAACGCCUAUGUGGAUCUAGAAAGCAUUAACCCAAAUCUUGGACCUGUAAACCAAGAACACAAAUCAUCAGAAAACGACCAAAAACCAAAUGAAGCACAAUCUAAAAUCGAUAACUGGAAUAACUGUGACAAUGAUGAAAAUCCAAAAAGCUCAUCGUUCGAUGUAUCUAGUGACUCUGAUGCAACAAUUGAUUCAAACGAAGUAUCCCUGCUUCCAACUCUAGAAGGGGUCAGUGGCUUACAUGCAGCGUUAGAAAGAAGUACGGAACACGAAGUUGAACCUGUUCGCGAUAAUAUGUGUGACCAAAGCGUGGCAUCUGACCGUCUUAAUCCGACGGGAACUAGUAGUCCUAACUGUGUAACGGUAGUUAACGCACAUGACCAUCCUUCUGUUGAGACAUCUGAAAACUUGAAAACAGCGUUGAAACAAGGUAGUGUCCGUUAUUCAAAAAGCGAUUGUGACGAAGGUUGUAUCCAUACAACUUUAGACAACACAAGAGAUAGUGAUGCAACAUGUAUACACAUGGAGGGACCAGAACAUCCUCUUUUAGAGAAGUCCUCAGAUUCGAAUCCUCAGUUUUCUAGACAUGAUGGUUACCAUUUAGUUCCUACCUCGGACAAAACGGUGGGAUCUGAAGCCAUGGCGAGUGAAAUGACAGAAGCAAGGUUAAAGGGCAAUGACCAAAUCACGGACGAAGAUACAAGGAGUUAUUCUAGUGAUUAUGUGUUAUUGAGUCGGAUAGGAACUGGACCUCCGGUUCCGGGAACUCCAUAUACAUAUAAAAACUGUAGUCUAGUGUAUAAAGACUCAAUGAAUGAUGUCAAAUAUGUGUGGAAAGAGGGCAAAGUUCAAGUGAAGCCUAUUGACAGUAAAAAGGCCGCAAGAAAAUCACCAGCUGGUGUAAAGUUAUGUGUCGGGGUUACCAUUUUAUUAACUAUUGCCGUUGUCUUCCUUUUAGUAUCGCUUGUUUAAUGGCUUGUAAAACAUAAACAUACGUGAGCAAUAACUUCUUUGAAAUCUGAAUUGCAAUAUGCUCAAUACACAAAUAGUUACUUUUAUAAAGGAUAUUUAACGUCUUGUGGAAAAUAUACAACGUAAUAGAUCUUGCGCGUGUACAUAUUGUAUGUGCAGUGGGUGCAUUGUGUCUGAAUAUAAUACACAAUUGAAUCUGUUAUACAAAAAGGAAAUCUAGAGAUUGUAUUGCGUUAUUGAUCUCUCAAGGUAUAGCAUUUUUCACAUGAUGACUGCAAACUUUUUCUUGGAAUAUAUUCAUUGAAACAUACGCAUCCAUUUUAGCAUAUGACUAUGUCUGCUGUAUACUUUGAUCAAUAUGUAAACAAAGCAUUAAAUGUACAGGAAAGAUGUGUACAUUAUAUCAUGUAGAUCGAAUCAGAUAUAUACCUUGUUGUAAGCAAUUUCCUGUUCAUAUUUGGUCAGUGUCAUUAUCAUUUUGUACAUGUACAGAUACUGUUGCUACUGUACAUGCCUUGUAAGCGUUUCUUAUUAAGUAACUGCUGCACACUUGUAAUUUUGUACAUGUUCACUUGCUACUGUACAUGCUUGCCUAGCGUCUCUAGUUAAUUAGCGACUACUUCUUUUCUAAUCUUUACUUCUAUCUUAACAUAAAACAUGUACUUGACCAUUGAAUACAUCGUGUACGAUAGUAUUAAACAUUAGCUGAUUUC